GUAACCAGCUGUAGCUUAAUGUGUUCCUCUUCUCAACAUGUUGUCAUCAUCAUUUCAUUGAUCUUCUUUAAGGCUGUUAAAAGAGCACCUUCCUCUUGAAUCUAGACACUUUGAAGAGGCUUAUUUACUGUUGAGAGCCCACUCAACAAUGGAGGGAUUUCUGUUGUCGUGGAUGACUCAUUUAGGUUAUUUUCCCUCUUCGACACUGCUGGAUAUAGAUUUUUUUCCCUUUUGUUUCACGUGCAUGUUUCACCUCUCAGAUACUCUGUAGAAUCUGUUGGGACUUUUAUAGAGUGUGAAAUAUUUGCAGUAAGUGUGAGGUUUGGAGGAGCAAAGUGAGACAAAGCAUGGCCGAUGGAACAGCUGAGUGUUGAACCCUUCUGUCCAGGGAGGCACCCCAGAAAUGACCACAGUGUCCAUGGAGCCUAUAGGAGUCCUUGUGGAGAAGGGUGCCAAUGCCACUGACCCCCCUCUAAACUCCCAUGAAGAUGCAGCUGCCACCUUUACCAUCAGCACCAUCCUCUCCAUCAUGUGCCUGAUUGGAGUCUCGGGAAACAUUUACACCUUGGUGGUCAUGUGCCAUUCCAUGAGGACUGUAGCUUCCAUGUAUAUCUACAUCAUAAACCUAGCUUUGGCAGAUCUACUGUAUCUUCUCACGAUCCCCUUCGUGGUCUGCACACACUUCUUGAAAGGAUGGUAUUUUGGCAACACAGGGUGUCGGAUUCUAAUUAGCAUGGACUUCCUGACCAUGCAUGCCAGCAUCUUCACGCUGACCAUUAUGAGCACGGAGCGCUACUUUGCAGUGCUCAAGCCACUCGAAACAGUCAAACGAUCUAAAAGUUACCGGAAGGCCAUCGCUCUGCUGGCCUGGGCAGCUUCUCUCAUCCUGGCCCUACCAAUGAUUGUGAGCAUUCAGCUAAUGACAGUGGGCAACAAAGCCAUGUGUCAGCCCACCUUGUCCCCACUCUCUUACAAGAUUUACAUCUCCGUCCUGUUUUGCACUAGCAUUGUCGCUCCAGGACUCAUCAUUGGCUAUCUCUACACCCAGCUUGCGCGGACUUAUUGGGUUUCACAGACAGAGACUUUCAAACAGACCAGGAAACUUCCCAAUCAAAAGGUGCUCUACCUGAUCUUCACCAUUGUGCUCCUCUUCUGGGCAUGUUUCUUGCCAUUCUGGAUCUGGCAGCUGCUGGGUCAGUUCCACCCUUCACUGUCCCUCUCCACCAAAGCUAAGCGCAUCAUCAACUACCUGACCACAUGUCUGACCUACUCCAACAGCUGUAUCAACCCUUUCCUCUACACAUUGCUCACCAAAAACUACAAGGAGUACAUGAGGAAGCACAAGCGCUCCUGGACAGCUGGCAGCUACUUCAGUAGAAGGAGUCGUUUUCAGCACUCACCUCGCAGGUCACCAUCGUCCAGCAGUCAGCAGUGUACUGAGAGCUUCAUGCUCACACACACAGCCUCCCUGCGGGCUCAUAACAGCAGUCUGUGAGUUCAUCCCACUAGAGAGAACAAAGUUUGAUAUGAGAGCUGUGGUGGAUCAGGACAAGAGAGAACCUGCUGGAGGUGAAACAGACCCUGAACACAUCACCACAACUAUGCAACAGGACGCAGAAAAUAAAAGUUUCUUUUGUAUUUGCAGCUCAAUGCCUGUGGACAAAGCAGCAUUGAGCUGGCUGCUGCUGCUUGAGACGUCUGUAUUGAUCUGUCACUCCCAGGACUUCCUGUGGCAUCAGGAGAAAGAUGAUCAUAACAAAAGAGAUGUUGUCCUCCUGUGUUUAACCUCUGUCCUUCUCGGUGAAUGAGAGGAGAUGUGUGCACAGUGACAACAGGGGAGUGAUGCUGUUGCACAGGACAUUUGUGGAUGACAUCAUCGAGGCAUCAGGUGUUUGAUUUCCAAAAAAAAAGAGUUUGU